AUGUUAUUAAAAUAGAAGAAAUAAUUAGAGAGAAACUAAGCAUACUCAUACUUCUAAAUAAGUUAAUAUAAAGCUAUGAGCUAGAUACUCAUUAUAUUUUUUUUCAGUUAAUUAAUACCUGUUUUAUGCAAGAGAGAAAAUAUAAAGACUGUUAUUGAUUAUAAUAUAAUAAAGAGAAUUCAAAUAUAGCUUAAAACAAUGUUAUUCAAAUACAAUUUUUAAAUUAAUAAGCUGGAUUCUAUUUUUUAUAUAUAAUAACAAAAUCUUUUUAUUUCAAAUAUAUAUAGAGUGUCUUUAAUUAAAAUCAUAGGUAAGUAUAAAGAAAAAAGCUAGAUCAAAAUUGUGUUUUAUGUAAAAGUUAAUUAAAAAUUAAAAAAAAGUAAAAAAAUAAAAGCAUGCAGAAGAGCUCAUAUUAUAUUAAACCUUUAAUUUGUUAUAAAUAAUUUAAAUUGUUUCUCGCAAUCUAAAAAGACAAACAAAAUAUUGCAGAAAACAAUUAAAUUUUUGAUAUGUUUUCAUCAAUUAAAAUAUAUUUGUUAUUAAUUUAACAAAAAUCACAAAUAAAUUUAUAAACAUAAUUUACUAUUUACUAUUAAUAGUGAUUUAUAAGGCAAUUUUAAUACUUUAAAAAUUUCAUUUUAUUUAUUUAAAUUAGAUUUUUUUCUUUGUUUUAUCAAUUAUUUUCUACUUCAUUUAAUUUAAUUGACCAUAAUUCAUAAACCCAAAAAUAUCCAUAAUUAUUAUAAUACUUAGAUUCUUAUUAAAAAUAGAAAUUGA